AUGAAUAAAAUAGAUAAAGAUAUCUUAAAGAUAUUUGAAUCUAAAGAAAAUGAGCAAUUUGAUGAAGAUCAAGAAAAAGAUGAAAAGAAAAUGAAUGAAGUUGAUUUUUAUUCAAUUUUAAAUAUAUCAAGAAAUGCAACAGAUGAUGAAAUUAAAAUUGCAUUUAAGAAAUUAGCAUUUACAUAUCAUCCAGAUAAACAAACUAAUGAAGAAUUAAAAAAAGAAACUCAAGAUAUAUUUACAUUAAUUACAUUGGCAAAAGAUACAUUAUCAGAUCCAAAGUUAAGAGCAAUCUAUGAUCAAUUUGGUUUAGAAGGUAUUGAACAUUCAAAAGCAAUCGUAAAUAAAUAUAAAGAAGUUGAUAAAUUAUUACAAGCAUUAGAUCGUAUUCAAAAAGAGAAUGAAGAAGAUAAAUUAAUUCAAUCAUUCUCUGCAACUGGUUCACAAUCAAUUUCAUUAGCAUAUCAUCAUGAAUAUAGACAUUUUUUUUUUAAAACUUUAAAAUCUGAAGCUCAAUUUGAUAUAAAAACACAAAAAUAUGGUAGUUUUGAAUUUGUACCAUCAAUUACAAGAAAAAAGAAUUUAGCAUGGUUUGGAUUGGAAACUUCAUAUUUAUAUCCAAUAACACAAAAUACUGAAUUAUUUUUAUCAAAUAAUUAUAAUGAAGCAAAUGAAGGAAGUAUUCAAACUAUUGGUCUUAAAUCAUUAUUAUCAGCAAAUACAUAUGGAUCAAUUCAUUGUGCAUUUUUUGAUAGUUUUCAACCAGCUAGAUUUGGUUGUUUAUUAACAAGACAAUUAUCACCAACUAUUACAGCCAUUUUUAGAGGAACAUUACAAAAGGAAUUUUGGCAAGGAUCUUUAACAUUAAAGAGAAUUGUUCAAAAGAGAUUAUUUGAGAUUACAAUUGAUUCGAGUAAUUUAGGUGGAUUAAGUGGUAGUAUAACAAGGGAUAUACCGAUAUCAAAGAAAUCUAGAAUCUCAUUUUCGGUGGGUGGGUAUGGUGGUGGAUUUCCAUUAUAUUCCGCCGGUCAGCAUGGUUUUACAGGUGCAGCAAUUGGGUUCAAGAGAAAGAUUACAAAAGUGUUUGAUAUCGAUUUAUCAAUGCAUGUUAAUCCAUCACGUUAUCUCUACGUCAUUGGAUUACAUCAUCGUUAUCAGUCUUUGGAAAUCCCAAUUCCAAUCUACUCGGAUCUCUCUUUGAGCACCUCUUUGCUCUUCUUUACAUUGCCUGCUGUUACAUUAUCAUUACUUAAAUACUUGGUUGUUAAACCAUUGAUGAAGAAAAAGGAACAAAAGAAAAUAAUGGAGAAAAAGGAGAAAUACGCUGACCAAGCUAGAAAGGCAAAGAGAAAAGCUGAGAUGGAUAUUACAUUGGUUAAACAAUUGGUUGAGAAUAAAGUUUUAAAAGAGAAAACAAAGAAUGGUUUAAUAAUUCAAGAGGCUGUCUAUGGUAAAUUGGAUGAAAAGGUUGAUCAUUCUGAUCCUUUCUCUGUUGAAUUCCCUCCAACCAUUGAUGUAACAAUUCCACUUCAAUACCUUGUAGAAGAUAGUAAAUUGGUUUUACAUGGUAAUAAUAAAAAAAGUGAUCUUCUUGGUUUUUGGGAUCCAAGAAUUUCCGAAGAAAAACAAUUAAAAGUUACUUAUUUUUUUCAAAAUAGGUUACAUAGAAUUACUGUUAAUGAUAUUGAUCAAUUAUUAAUACCAUUAAAAUCACAUUUAAUCCAAUAA